ACCUUGUGUUAUUAAAUCACCUGUAGAGAAUGUGUGAAAAUACUUAAACCAUAAAAACCUGAUCGUGCUUCCUGUCGUUAGUAUUGUUCGGGAGUCAUGAGCAAGUAUAUUCUUCCCGUUUCUGUUUUUGGAACAGUUUUUGGUUGCGCUGUUUUAUUGAAGAACCAUGUGACUGGAGGUCGGUGUAAAAGUAAGGCCACCAUUAAUGGGAAGACUGUGGUUAUAACAGGAGCCAACACUGGCAUUGGCAAAGAGACUGCCCGGGAAAUGGCCAGGAGAGGAGGUCGUAUUAUUAUGGGAUGUCGAGACAUGGAGAAGUGUGAGGAGGCUGCAAAGGAAAUUCGAGGGAAGACACUGAACCCCCAUGUUUAUGCAUGUCACCUUGACUUGGCUUCCAUGAAAUCCAUCCGCCAGUUUGCAGAACGCAUUAAAAAAGAGGAGCAACGUGUUGAUAUACUGAUAAACAAUGCCGGGGUCAUGAGGUGUCCUGCAUGGAAGACAGAAGAUGGUUUUGACAUGCAGUUUGGAGUUAACCAUCUGGGCCACUUCUUGUUGACAAAUCUCCUGCUGGAUAAGUUGAAAGAGUCCGCCCCCAGCAGAGUGAUCAACCUGGCCUCACUCGCCCACAUUGUUGGAAAGAUUGACUUCGAAGACUUGAACUGGGAGAAAAAGAAGUUUGAUACCAAGCAGGCGUACUGUCAGAGCAAGCUUGCCAAUGUUCUGUUCACCAGAGAACUCGCCAAGCGAUUACAAGGCACAGGAGUCACAGUGAAUGCUGUACACCCAGGCGUUGUUGCCACGGAGCUUGGGAGGCACACGGGCCUGCACCAAUCACAGUUCUCCAGCUCUGUGCUCAGUCCUUUUUUCACUCUGCUGGUAAAGAGCCCAGAGCUGGGGGCCCAGCCCAGUAUCUACUUGGCCGUGUCCGAGGAGGUGGAGGGGGUAACGGGACAGUACUAUGAUGUGAUGACAGAAAAGGAACCAGCGCCCCAGGCCCUGGAUGAGGAGGCGGCUUGCAGGUUGUGGGAGGUCAGCAGCAGGCUGGUGGGUUUAGAGGAAGAAGAGCAAGCCAGCAAGUUAAACCCACCAGGAGACGAUCAGAGCAACACUGCAGAGUCACAUGAACAAAGCCCAGAGCAAGAGCACAGCGCUGCACAACUAUAGGUCGGCUGCUGCCUCUGAGCCAGCGGGGCAUAAUGGACCUUUAUGGCUCGAGCUGAAUUAGACUCAUAACAUAAUUAACCAACGGAGUGUGGUUCUGUCUUUUGUAUGGAAUCUUGUGUUCCUGCAGCAGGGGAUUUUCUUUAAAAUGUGAAUAACAAAUGCAUUGUUUAACGGAUUCUGUGUUUUUUUUAAGUUAUGUGUACAGAGGAAUGAUGAUACAGAGGAAGAUAGAGAUGCUCAAGAUAGAUGUUUAUUCAAACAUGUAGGAAAAUAAUGGAAGCAGCCUGCAAAAACCUCCUAAAAUCAAACAGUAAAUGAACAAAAGUACCAAUAAAAAUAUACUUUUUCAU